AUGGCUCAAGUAACGCGUUCAACACCGUUCAAAGUCUCUCUCAUGAACCGCGAACUCGACGAUCCUGAAUACUACCAAGACAACGACGGCAGGGCGUAUACUUCGUCAUCUUUGGCGGUCGGAGGCCAUGGCUACGUGCAACCUGCCCUCUUCCCCAAUCAAGUCCAUACUCCCGCCGCAACUCGCUUCCGCAAUAUGCUCAUCGACACGGAMAAAUUGAUCGUUUGUCCCGGGGUGUAUGAUGGUUUAUCUGCAAGAGUGGCUCACGAGGUGGGCUUUGAAGCCUUGUAUAUGACUGGAGCUGGAACAAGYGCCUCUCGUCUCGGACAGCCGGAUCUAGGGAUCGCUCAGCUCGCUGAGAUGCGCUAUAAUGCUGAGAUGAUUGCCAAUUUGAAUCCUCAUGUGCCGUUGGUUGCUGAUAUGGAUACUGGCUUUGGGGGACCUAUCAUGGUUGAUAGGGCUGUUACGGAAUAUGCUCGAGCUGGCGUUGCUGCGUUUCAUAUUGAAGAUCAAUUGUUCCAGAAAAGGUGUGGUCAUUUAGCUGGUAAGGAUGUGGUCAGUUUGGAGGAGUACAUUCUGAGAAUCAAAGCUGCCAAGGCUGCCAAGGAACGAGCCAGAAGCGAUAUUGUCAUCAUAGCGCGAACCGACGCUCUGCAAAAGUACGGCUAUGAGGAAUGUAUCGUGCGUCUACGCGCAGCACGAGACGCCGGUGCAGACGUGGGUCUUCUGGAAGGGCCUACGAGUAAAGCCAUGGCUCGACAAGUUGUGAUUGAUAUGGCUCCCAUGCCACUCUUGUUGAAUAUGGUAGAGCAUGGUGUCACGCCAUUGAUUUCGACGAGCGAGGCAGAGGCGAUGGGGUACCGGAUCAUGAUCUUUUCGUUUGUUUGUGUGGGGAGUGCUUUUCUUGCUAUGCAGGAAGCUUUGAGGAGGUUGAAGAGAGAAGGGAUUGCGGGACUCAAAGAGCUGACGCCGAAGGUUAUUAUGGAUACGUGUGGGAUGCAGGAGAAGAUGGAUAUCGAUCAGAAGGCGGGAGGAUCGAUGGAAAAAGCUUAA